AACUGUUUUGUUAUUCCCUUGUAACACAAUCCAUCCUUUGAGUCACUUGAUCCAGAGCGUCUGCCUGAGCUGCUCCUGCCAACAUGUGUAACCAGGUAACACAAACCAAACAAACAGCCCGAUCUGCUGUGGGACUGUGAACUCUGCACCUCUGGAGCUACUUUUGAUUCUUUGAUAAACACACAAAUUCAGACGAGAAAGGUCCUUUGUUUUUGUUUUUAAUCAUCAAAAAUGAGCUCAGAUGUGUUGGUGUCCAGGCCACACUAUGACGGCAGAGCUGUGGCUCAGGGGGUCCAAGAAAAGGACCCUCCAGUACAGCUGGAGGUCCCACAGCCAUCCUCGGGCUCAGCCACAGCAGGGUAUCGGUCCGCUAAAUACACCCCGCUAGAGUGGUUCUCCAACUACCACACCAUCCUUCAGCAGGCAGGAACCGACCGAUAUCAAGCCCAGAGCAUCCAAAGAGAGUCCAAAAGUCUGUACCAGGACGUUGAGUCAGCCACUCUGAGGACCCAGGCUGAGGGAACCCGUUUUCUAGGGGACAGGCUACAAGAGAUCCACCACUGGAAGUCAGAGUUGCAGCGGCACAUUGAGCAGCUGCUGGCUGACACCAAAGCACUGCAGGGGCUGAAGACAAGGCUGGAGAAAGCACUGGACACCACUGAGACGCCGUACGCCAUCGCAACAGAUAAUCUGAACUGCAGAGCAAGAAGACUGGGACCAGACCUGGUCAGAGACUCUGUGGAGGAUGAGCUGCUGAAGGAAGUGGAUUUAAUACGGAGCAUCCAGGCUCUUCUGAAGAGAACUACAGCUCAGGUCGUCAGUCAGAUCAAGAUGAACAGAGAGGCCAAGCAGACAUUAGAGAUGGACUGGUCUGAUAAGUACCAGGCCUACAACUUUGAUGACCACAGUGGGAGAUACAGUAACAUGAGCCCAGACACACGACACCACCCCAGCUCAGCAGCCAUGCAUGACCAGGUGAGUAACCACACAGCAUGGACCAAGUUUACUCAGGACAACCUCUCCAAGGCCUUACAAGACGAACAGGCCACCCACAAUCUCAGAUUGCUGGUGGAGCGUGUGCUGCAGGACACCACAGACGACCUGAGAGUCCAGUGCUCCAGCGUGAACCGAGCCUUCAGCCUUCGCUGUGAGGAGCUGAUCGAGGCCAGGACCCAGCUGGAGAUGAAGCUCGCACAGAUCUUGGAGCAGAUCGGGGCCCAGGAGAGGAACAUUGUAUCCCUGCAGCAGGCCAUCCACAACAAAGAGGCCCCACAGAGAGUCGCCCAAUCCAGGCUUUACCUCCGCUCCCUCAGACCCAACAUGGAGCUCUGCAGAGAUGAACCCCAGCUCAGUUUGGAAGGGGAGGUGCAGCAGAUUGAUGCCACUCUAUCAUCUCUUCACCAGCAGCUGAGUGAGGCCAGAAGCUCGCUGGCCCACCUGGAGGAGUCACGCGUUACAGUUGAGAAAGACAUAAACUGUAAAACCCACUCGCUGUUCAUCGAGAGAGACAAGUGCAUGACUCACCGUAAACGAUACCCAACCGUCUCCACGCUGUCCGGUUACUGAAGACCAGAGUCUGUGCAAAGUUGGAUUUGGUUUUGCGAUAUUUUACAAUAGGUUAAAGUUUUAAAAAUAAAAGAUAAUGUAUUCUCUUGGAUCUAUAAGAUAAUCUCUUAUCAAGAAAGUGUGGAAAAAAAACUACAGUUAUUAUCACACUCACACAUUCAUAAAACCAGUGUGGGGUGGAAGGUCCACAAGGCGGAGCGGCAGCAGGGUGUCUGUGUUUACAGUAUACUGUAUACGCAAAAUCCUGCAGUUCAUCGAGGGUCCACAAGAGGCUGGCUCCAAGAGCGCGGAAGUCACAUAUACACCACAUUAAAAAAGUCUGUUUUAACAGCAGAAAUUAAUGGUUUGACAGCCUGGUACAAAAAACGAUCUUUGUCUGAUUAGUUCUUGUUCUCAUGGGCACACGCUUUACAGGGGUGCAUUUUUAUUAUAACUCAUCCGUUUUGAUUCUGUGAACGAUACGUGUUAUUCAUAAUUAGGGGCGAGGCUGACAUGAUUGACAGGUGGGCGCGAUGUAACGGUUCAUCAAGAGUCUUAAAACCCGCCUCAGCUCUCAGCCUGUCGUUGGGUUGACUGAAAGUUAAGGUGAGACAGGAUUUCCAGCAUGGCGGCGAUGAGCCUCCUGUAGUAACAGAUUAGAUGAUGUCACUCAGGCUUCCAUGCCAUUAUUAUUUACAGUCUAUGGUAUUCACCUAAUGACCUUGGGCUUUAUUCCUGUUGCGUUACUGAUUUACAUGAUUGAUCAACAAGGAACAAGAAAACUAGACAAAACUGUGAAGAUAGAUUGAUGAUAAAAUAACAACUGCACAAGUCAUUUUCUAGAUUGAUGGCUACAUAGUUCUCUUACAGGGCUACUUCUAGGAUCACUUAUGACUUAAUUAAGUAGUUUUAUAAGUAAAUCAUGCAGCUGAUAUAAAUACAUAAGCUGGUAUGCAGAAGCACUCAUCUCAUGACACUCAACCUUGUACUACAGAUGAACAAAUAGGAGUGCUGUGCUCUGGUUAGUAGUUAAAGUAAGCAGGAUAUUUUGAAGGCGAUAAUUAAGGGACAAAUGCGUCCCUCAAUGACAGACUUUGGUCACCACUGUGCUCGCUGCUCAAUUUAUCUAGGCAGAACUGUGUUUAAUUAGAGUAGAUCUCUGGCUGCUGCAGUGAAGGACGAUGAUU